AUGUCCACCAAGUUUGACAGGUCUUCCAGCACCCAAUUUCCUCAUCAUUCCCUUUCCAUAUUUUGUGCCACCCAGGGUUUGCUGCAUCCUGAGAUGAUUGCAUUUCUCUGUUUGCAGGCCACUGCCCAGACCUCCCUCACCAUGAGCAGCACUGUCCCAGCCACGGCAGAGCCCUACACACGGACUCAGUACUGCAGGUGGCCCUGCGAGUGCCCCAGGUCCCCACCCCGGUGCGCGCUCGGCGUCAGCCUGGUCACGGAUGGCUGUGACUGCUGCAAGACGUGUGCCAAGCAGAGAGGAGAGAGCUGCACUGAGGCUGACACCUGUGACUUCCACAGGGGCUUGUACUGUGACUACAGUGGAGACAGACCUAGGUACGAAAUAGGAGUAUGUGCACAGAUUGUUGGUGUAGGAUGUGUUCUCAAUGGAGUCAGGUAUAAGAACGGGGAGACAUUUCAGCCCAACUGCAAGUACAACUGCACCUGCAUUAAUGGGGCUGUGGGCUGUGUUCCCAUGUGCACAAACUCACGUCCCCCACUUGUCUGGUGCCCAAACCCAAAGCUGAUUAAGAUGGCAGGGAAGUGCUGUGAGCAGUGGGUUUGUGAUGACUCCAGGAAAAUCAGGAAAACAUCUCCACGUCACAUCUCCUCUGCAGCAUACGAGGGAGAGGACGAAGCCUGGCAGAAGAACUGCAUUGUGCACACCUCACCCUGGAGUCCCUGCUCAAAGACCUGUGGGCUGGGCAUCUCCACCAGGAUUUCCAAUGACAACGACCAGUGCCGGCUCCUGAAGGAAAGCCGCCUGUGCAACCUGAGGCCCUGUGAGGUGGAUAUAACCCAGCACAUCAAGCCUGGGAAGAAAUGCUUGGCUGUCUACAGGGCGAAUGAACCCAUGAACUACACCAUCUCUGGAUGUGUGAGCAAAAUUCCAUACAGACCCAAAUACUGUGGUGUCUGCACAGACAACAGGUGCUGCACACCCUACAAGUCCAAGACUAUUGAAGUGAGGUUUCAGUGCCCAGAUGGAACUGAGAUUUCCUGGAAAAUUAUGUGGAUCAAUGCUUGUUUUUGCAACCUGAACUGCAGGAACCCCAAUGACAUCUUUGCUGACUUGGCUCACUACUAUGAUUACUCUGAAAUAGCUAAUUAA